UCGAGGCUCGUUCGUCGGUGCGCGCAGUACGUCGAUCAUUCUGUGCUGAGUCGUCCUUUCGCGCAGCAACUGGCGAGGUGCAUCGCGCUAACGUUGCAUCUGUCGCAAAGAGGUUUUAGGGGUGUAUUUGCAGCAUAUUAACGUUACACCGUAUCAAUCCAUAUCAAUCUCCGUCAUGUCGGUGUUUACGAGAUAAUGCCACGGCUGCUGUCAGGCGGUCGCGCUCGGAGACCGGACGAGGUUAGGUGCGCGAUUGACAUCAGACCCGAUCAACGUGUCAAACGUGAGCGCAAAUGGCGGCCACUGGCGAAGAGGAUGUGUCCACGCUCAGCGAGCGAGUUGACAAGCUGAAUGUCUCUGCAACGGACGAUGAAGCGGUGAGCAAAGGCGUCGAGAAUGGCGCCGAUAAUAACGGGAGGAUCUGCGAACCCCGACUCUGGGGCUUCGAGACGCGAGAGCUCUACAAGCUCGCGCUCAACUUCUACAAAGAAAAGGAAGGCAAAGCUGUUCAUCUCUCCUAUGAAGAUAAGUUGAAAUUGGUGGCGUUUACACAGCAAGUGACGCAUGGAAAAUGUACUACGGAAAAUGCAGCACCGUUAGGUGUUUUGGAUGUGAUCGGAAGGGACAGGCGUUUGGCAUGGCAGAAUUUAGGAGAUAUAUCCAAGGAACAGGCAAUGGAAGGUUUCAUAGUAUUGUUGGAUAAAUUGUGCCCUUUAUUCAGAACAGUGGUUGAAGCGCAGAAAAGGGAUGUCGAGGAGAAACAACGGCUUAAGAAGGAGGAAGAAGCUAAGAAGCUGGAAGAAGAGAGAAAACUCAAGGAGCAGGAGGAGGAAAAGAAGAAGCAGGAGGAAGAAAGACUGAAGGAGGAAACGCAAAGAAGAUUAAUUCAGGACGCUCUGAAUCAACAGACGUAUCAUCAAUUUAAAGUGUACGCGGAGCAACAAUAUCCUGGCAAUCCGGAGCAACAGGGCGUCCUAAUCAGGCAGUUGCAGGAGCAGCAUUAUCACCAGUAUAUGCAGCAAUUGUACCAGAACCAAUUGGUCAUCGACGAUCAGACUGAGGAGGAGAAAAAGAUCGUCGAGUCGGAAAAAGAAACGUGCCAAGACGACAACAAGGACGACACGAACGAGAAUAGAAAGAAUGGGGAAAACGAGGACGAGGACUCGGACGAGUUGGAAGACUGGCCGCCCAUCUCUCCCGCGGAAAUGUGGACGAGGAAGGGCGUGGAGGAAUUCAAACAGAUCAUUAGGAAGGAGACGAGCGACGCGAUUAUCAAGGUGAACCACGGCGAGACCGUCACCGUGCGAGUGCCGACGCACGAGGGCGGCAGGUGCCUGUUCUGGGAAUUCGCGACGGACAGUUACGAUAUCGGUUUCGGCGUUUACUUUGAGUGGUCUAAACCGGAAACGAAUCAGGUGUCCGUGCACAUAAGCGAGUCUGAGGAUGAGGAUGACGAGGAGGAGGAGUACGAUCCGCAGGGAGACGUGGAAAGUGGCGCGGUGGUUAACGGGAACCCCCGACCUGAACGUAAGACUCCGCCACCCAUAAGCGUUAUAAUACCAAUAUACAGGAGGGAUUCUCAGGAGGAGGUCUACGCUGGAAAUCAUGAGUAUCCUGGCGAGGGGGUAUAUCUUCUCAAGUUCGACAACUCGUACUCGCUGUGGCGAAGUAAAACUCUUUACUAUCGAGUGUAUUACACACAUCCAGGGCAGCAGAGCCAGAUUUAAAGAAGUGGGGGCCCCGGGGCGGCUGAAUCAGUGGGGAUCCUUAAUUCGUAAAAGAUCAAAAUCAUUGAAAACUUAUUUAAAAAUUCGUAAAUUUAAAAAAGUUGAAAAUACAUAUUUCAAUAUUAUUACAACAAAUAUUUAAGAUAUAUUUAAUGAUGCAAACUACAAUGUUUGCGAAACUCUGGCAUCCAAAAUGCACAUCGCGGUCAUCAUCCGGAAACCAAUGGCAUAUAUUUAAGAAAUAUUUGAUACAUUUCCAAAAUAUAUAUCAAAUAUAAAUAUAUAGAUUUUUUAAUCAAAUUUUCUUUUUAAUCAAGUUUUGUUUGUGGGGGCCCCUGGCCGGUCGCCCUGUCCACCCACCCUCAAAUCCGGCACUGGUUCAGGGAUUCAUGAAUAAGAAUUUGUCGUUACGUGUUGAGACAAAAUGUAUGUGUAUCGAGCGUACGUCGGCUGUUAAGCACUAGCCUUGGCAUAAUUGUCUCUAGAUAAUGCUAGUCCGACUGAAAGAGACCUAUGUCCCGGUUCGGUUUGCGCAACAAAACUGUUCACACAUAAAGAGAAUAUAUUUAUUGUAUAGUAAAGCAAGGAGACACGCUUAAGGGUCCUAUUGUUUAAAGUGGUAAAACUAUGUGCACAAGGACGAAACAGAUUCUUAAGUAUUCUCGAGAGGCGGACUGCCAUGGCAUACGAUAUAUAUAUAUAUAUAAAUUAACGUAAAACUCUUCUAUCUGCAUAAUAUAUUGCGUACCUGCGGCCAUUCGUGCGUACAUUCUUCGAUGCAAGGCAGCGUUCUCUCUUCAUGAUUUUGAUAAAAUUUUAAAGCAUCUAUAUCGGCGCGCAAAUCUUUAUAUAUACAUGAAAAGAUGUUUCUGUAUUGAAGAAAGGGUUAAAUGUACACAAAUGUUGUAUAUCCGUUUGUCUAUAUGUGGAUAUUUGCUUGGAAUGUUUUUUGCGACUCGAUGUUAUACAAUCUUUAUCAUUACAUUUAGCGUUCACUAUGUCGUAGCUUUUAUUAAAAUUCUUUCGUUUUUUUUUUCUUCAAAGGAAAAAAAAUACAGCAGCAGAUACGGUGCA